AUGGCCACCAAACAAAGCCAGGAAGCAGCCAGCGCAGAGGCAGCGAGGAAACUGGAGGAAUACAUUGAGAAGAUCCACUACUCUGACCGCUACUCCGAUGACGAGUACGAAUAUCGUCACGUUAUCCUCCCGAAGCCGCUCUUCAAGAUGAUACCCAAACAACUCUUCAAUCCCGAUAAGAGCGGCACCCUCCGGCUGCUAACGGAGCAGGAGUGGCGGGGCAUCGGCAUCACACAGAGUAUAGGUUGGGAGCAUUAUGAAGUACAUGCACCAGAGCCUCAUGUUCUUCUCUUCCGUCGCGCCAAGAACUUUGUUGCUCCCCAGCAGCCCGCACAACAACAGGUGGUAAAUGGGAAAGGGAAAGCAAGGAGGAAGUAG